GCUCCCGGCUGCCUCAGUCCCCGGGUCCGAGGGGGAUCUGAGGGCCGAGGCCUCGGACUCCAGAGCCCGAGGGUCUUCUCAGCGGCGGCGGCGGCCGCAGCAUCGGCGGCGACGUCACAGUCUUCGCGGCCUUGCACGCAGCGCUCUGGCCGGUCGCCGAAUGCCCGCGGAGGACGCGCAUCGCAUCUCCUCCCAGAGUUCCUGCUUCCUGGGCCAGCCAACGCCGCAGGUGAGAACAUCCGCGGUAGAGGUGCCACCCGGGGCCUGCGGGCCCCAGAGGCCCCUGGCCUCCUUCUUCUCUCCUCCUUGCCCAGGAAGCCCCCCGCGGGGGCGCUCGGUGCUCCCCGGAGCCCCGAGAGCACGUCUUCUGAGCCACAUAGCCCCCGCCCCGGUGGUGCUGCAAGUUCCUUUAUGGACCCCACAAGCCCCUAGGGCUUCCCCCGCCGAGCGCCCCGCGGGCCCCACCACCCCUGGCGCGCAUGCCCAGAGGCCCCCGGAGCUAGAAAGUAGCUGAGCUGCUGGCGCAGUACCUGCUGCUUAAGAACGCGAAGACUGUGCGCAUCUAAAGGGCAGACGUGCUGAAGUAUGUGACCAAAAGGUACAGGAGCGUCUUCCCCGAGAUAUUCAAGAGAGCCUCUGACCUCCCCGAGUUAGUCUUGUUGGGUCCCGGGUGAAGGAAGGACCACAAUCCGCCAGAGCACCCACUCCUAUGUCCCGAACAGAAAAAUCCGUCCUGCCCUGCUCUGGGGCCUGACAGGCGACCAGGGCACACCAAAGACUGGGCUUCCGCUGAUUACCCUGGACUUGUCUUCAUGCAGGCCAGCUGUGUCCCCCAGGAGGUGUUCUGGGAGGUGUGGAGGGUGUUGGAGGUAUGUCCACCUAAAAAGCAUUUCGUCCAUGGGGAGCCGUCACCAAAGCGCCUCACCAGAGCUUGUGCGCAGCCCAGGUUCCGGGCGCACGAGUAGGUGUCCAGCAGUCCCGUGCUCUCGGUAUUCUUGGGGGCUCUCAAAGGAAACAAGACAGAUGGAAGUCCUGGAGUUUGUGGCCAAAGUGAAUGACACCCACCCCAGAGCCCUUCUGUGGCAGUAAAUGAGGCGUUGAAAGAAGAGGAGGCAAUACCUGGUGCCCGAGACGCAGCUGCUGGUGGUGAUGUGACAAGUGCGAGUGUUAGUGCCAGUUCCAGUGCCAGGGCCUACGCCAUGGCUGAAGCAAGCAAGCAUCAGCACCAGUGCCCGUGCAAGUGCCAGUGCCAGGGCUAGAGUCAUGGCUGCAGCUAUGGGAACAGCAUAAGGCUGUGCCUUCUGCAAGAGCCUUGAAGAAGGAGCAGGGUACACAGGUAGAGAAGCACCUGGUUCGAGGACGGAGAAAGACUAUGGCUACUGCCCCUAAAUCCCACAUGCAUGUCAAGAAGAUGGCUGUGGAAGGAGUUCCCACUGGGAAGAACAGUGCAAACCAACCUCAGGCCCAGGUCUAUGCAGCCACCCAGGAGGAGACCUUCCAAGGGCCUCUGCUGCUCAGCAGCCCCCUGGUACCAUCACCUGGGCCCCAGGUCCCAGUUACUAUGGGGCAGCAAUUGGCAGUUCCCCUUUCUGGGGAGCUCUAUGGGCCCUCCGCUAUGCCGAACAUGUACUCUAGUGUGAUUCUGCAGCCAUGUGUCACCCCUGGACCACUUCUACUGCCGCCACAGGUCCUGGGUCCCAAUGUGUUUGACCAAGCUUCGGUGUCUACUGCCUUAGAGUGGCAGGAGAUGCUGGAGGCUGCUGAGGCUCUGAUGACUCUGAAGAACUCUGCACUGACCCGGAACCGGAACCAGCUCCACAACAUGCCAGGUCCUGCUGGAGAAAGAGGAUUGCAGCCUCCCAAUCCCUCCGUGCCACCCAGGGCUGCCAGCUCCUCGUCACUCUCUACUGGCCAUCUGGAUUGCUUCUCCCUCUUGACUUAAGAGUCCAAACUGGGAAACCUCACUAGUGUGCUGCCUGUUUGGUAUCUUGUUUCUGAGUUAGCAAAAUGGUUCUUGCUCAAAGUGCUUAAUGUGAUUUUUUUAGCCUUCAGGUAUUUUAUAAGCUUUCAGAUCCUUUUUAUGAUAUAAGGCAUUCACUUAGCUUUCAUUUAUUCUUCACCUCUGUCCCUUAUUUCUUUGGAAGCUGGGGCUUUUGAUGUUUCUUAUAUAAAAGCUUUGUGCAAUUUAA